GUGACAAGUUAAGAAUGUGAACUCGCUUAUGUUGGCGCUGUUGUUUGCUCUAAUUGUUUGAAUUUCGUAUCGCUCUCGAGAGCUUUUGUGAUAAGGAUCGUUGAGCGAUAUUACCGAACUUUGGAACAUAAUUCAAUUGGAAUGAUCAGGACAGAAUUCCUAAUUCAAGAGCUUCAUCUUAGCAUUGGAAUGUGGAAAUGAUAUUAAGGGCAAUUGCAGAGCCCUUCAGGUUAUAAGUAUUAUUUUGGUAGGGCCAGAGGAAACAUGGCGAGGUUUAGUGAGGUAGUGUGUCGGGCGAGUGUCAUACUCCUUGGCGUUAUAUCCUUCGGUGCAACUCUACCUAUUCUUGAAAAACAUAUAGGAGAACAUGGAUCCGCAGAUGCAUUUUACCAAAAGGCCCAAGCCGCUGGGAAAGCGAUGAGGGACCAUUUGCCGUCGAUUAAACAUGUAGUCCAACACAAGCCGAACCAUCUGAAUCUGACGGCUUCGACCUCGUUGCAGCCUGACGAGAUUUCAAAGAAGCUGAAUGAUUUGCAAGCAAAGUUUGAAGAGCUGUCGGAACAGAAUGAGGCGAUGAGACGAAUGCUGGAUGACAAGGUUAGCUUGAAUCAGAAUAUAGAUGCACUCGUUGGGAAACUGAAUAAAAUAUACGGGGAGAGCCCUGUCAGUGAAUCCUUAGGCAAGCUCGCCAACGAUGCUCAUGCCGAAGUCGGCUUUGACGAUGAGAAGGAGCAAGCCAUCUUGUCUCAGUACAUCAGUAACCAUCGUAACAGGGAAGCGGAAUUGGUAAGGAAAAUCCGGAAUCAAACGCUAUCUUCAAGUAUUUCGUUCCUGAAAAACCGUCUUCGGCAAGAUUCGUCAUCCAAUGAGACUCAGUCGGCGGUUGACAUUAUUGCCAGGAUUCUGGUUCAACUACGUGACCCCGAAGAUACGAAGUCACAUGUGCACCUAUCAGAGACGGAGAUCUCACCGGGUGCUCCGAAUAGAGAAGAAUUCCAAAACGGAUCAGCGAAUGUCGUCAAAGAACUUGAACUUCACCCAGCCCUGGCAUCCCGCACAGAACCGGCUUUAAACACCAACGAUUCCGACAGAGCGACUGCGGCAUCGAGAAAGAUUGCAUUCUCUGUGGCAGCAACUGAACCACAGCUUGGCGUGGCAGGUGUUGCCCAAGCUGUCCAGUUUCAAGAUAUCUUAGAAAACAAGGGAGAAGGGUUCCUAGCUUCCAAUCACACAUUCAUCUGCAGCGUCCCAGGAUGGUAUUACUUUACAUACAGCUUACGGACCUUCCAGGGCAAGUACCUCAGCGUGCUCCUGAUGAAGAAUGCGGAUUAUGUGGUGGGCGUUUACACGGAUAAAGACGACGUACGGAACACGAUGGAGACACAGAGCACAGUCAUCUACCUCCUGGCAGGAGAUGCGGUGUGGCUCCGCCUCCCUCCUUCUCAGGAUUUUGCUCUUUUCAGCGAUAAGUACCGAUAUUCCACCUUUACCGGAUUCUUACUCUUCAAGGAAUGAUGAUUAUUUAUGAAGUGAAAGGACAACGACUGGAUAUAGCAAUAUUCUAUGAUAACACGGCCCUUUUCAUUGGCCAUCGUAAUGUCAGUUUCCCUUUUUUUUCCUAUCGCGCCUUGUCUUCCUCUCUCCGUGGCGGAGAAACAUGCUGCUUCUCUCAAAGUAUUAGAUAUUUAAUUUUUUAGUGAUAAGCACAGUUGGCUCAUUCAGAGAAAGAAUUAUGACUUGAUUAAACAGUAUUGUUUUAUAUAGAACUCUCCGAAAUGCACAUUCAUAAACGCAGUAA